UGACCACUCUACCCUUUCGACAGGUUCACUGUUCAUUACGAACAUAACAAAAAAAAGAAGAAUUCAAUGGAUUAUAAGCUUGCAUCAUUAUUACACUUGAAGAAAAAAGGUUCAAGUGUUUUUUGAGACAAUAGCUAGUUACUAUAACAAAAAAAGAAAAAGGUUACGAUAUAUAAAUGUAAAUGUCAGGAUUUAUUCUAGGUUUUUCAUUAUCAUCUUCAAUUUGUUCGGUUUCUACAUUAUUUGAUGGUAAAUGGAUACAAUCAGGAUUAAAUGAUGUGAUAACAAUUAACAAUACAUCAUUUUCAUUGAAAGGAACAUGUUUACAUGGACAACAAGAUGUAAAAAAUAAAUAUAUAUAUUACAAUGAACAAACAAGAUGUAAACGUUGUAUACUUUUUAUUCCAAGACAUUCAAAUGUAUUACAAUAUCGAGAGAGUGAAUGCUUUGAUGCAGAUGAUGAUCAUAAUCGUAUUUGUGGUUCGAUUACACCGGAUACUGUCUUAUACACACUUUUCCGGGACAAUGCACAAUCGGUUCCAUGUCCAUUUGACCAAUCAUGGUAUUUUAAAAAAGAACAUCAAAUGUUAUCCUUAUGUCAACCAAAAGCAUUUCAUAAUUGUUUUUCAAUAGAUACAUUUCAAUUGUCAUAUAAUAAUCGAUGUCAAUCAUAUCAAGAUGAAAUAGCAACAUGUUUUGCUCAAUUUUCUGAUGGAAAUACGAAUUAUAUUAUUUCUCGAAGUGUCAAUCAACAACGAUUUAUUUGUUUUUCUUAUACAAAAAUAAAAACGAAUGAAAAUAAUUCCUUACCAAAUGAAGUUUAUUUAUCACAGGACGAAACUUGUAGAGAUUUGUUAACAAGAGAAUCAGCUGUUGUAUUAAAAAUUAUUCCAAAUAAACAUGAUGCAUCAAUAAUUCCAAUGCCAAACUGGACACAAGGAGUAUGGCUUUCUAUAGGAACAAAUAGAGUUUACAUUAAUCAAACUCAACUUAUAAUGAAAACAAAUAAUGAUCCAAUAAUUAAAUAUAAUCUAACAUUUCUACGAAUUAUACAUAGUAAACGUAAACAUGAAAAUACGAUUCGUAUUCGAGCAAAAUCAUUAGAACAAUGUUCAUCAAAAUUUUUUUGCAUUAAAUUAAUUUAUCGUUCUUCAACAGUGAUCGAUCUUUCCAUAGGUAUUAUUUUAAUUUUUAAAGAAUAG